GGGAGCCCGGCCCCGGCCGCCCCGGCCGCACAACAAUGACUUUGGGCAGCAGCGGCGGCGGCGGCUGCGGGAUCAUGUCCGAGCGCUCCCCGGAGGAAGAGACGCUCUCCGAGGUGGAGGACGCGGAUAUCGACGUGGUGGGCCCGCCCCAGGAUGGGGGCAAGUACAGCGAGGAGGAGGAGGACGACGAGGACGAGGAGGACGAGGAGGACGGCGGCGAUCCGCUGGGGCUGGCGCUGCCGCGGAGCGGGGCCGCCAAGGCGCGCAUGGGGGGGUCCCCGGAGCGGCUGUCCCCCGCCGGCGGCUCGGAGCCGGCCUGCGCCCGCGGCGCCGCGCCCGGGGAGAAGGCGCCCGCGGGCGGCGGCGGCGGAGCCGGGGGGAAGAACCCGCUGGUGAAGCCGCCCUACUCCUACAUCGCCCUCAUCACCAUGGCCAUCCUGCAGAGCCCCAAGAAGCGGCUGACGCUGAGCGAGAUCUGCGAGUUCAUCAGCGGGCGCUUCCCGUACUACCGGGAGAAGUUCCCCGCCUGGCAGAACAGCAUCCGCCACAACCUCUCCCUCAACGACUGCUUCGUCAAGAUCCCCCGGGAGCCCGGCAACCCGGGAAAGGGCAACUACUGGACGCUGGACCCCGAGUCCGCCGACAUGUUCGACAACGGGAGCUUCCUGCGCCGGAGGAAGCGCUUCAAGCGGCAGCAGCAGCUGCACCCGCCGCACCCCGAGCUGCUGCUGCGGGCCGGGGCCGCCGACCCCGCCGCCUUCCUGCCCGGCUUCGCCUACGGACCCUACGGCUACAACUACGGCCUGCAGCUCCAGGUACCCCCACCACCACCACCACCAUCCCGGUGGCGGAGGCGGCGGGCCGCGGGCGCCUUCCCCUUCCCGGCGCCGCACUGCCCGUUACCGGCUCCGCCGCCUCCCGCCGCCGCCUCCGUCUUCUCCGCCGCCUCGGGGCUGCCCUCCUUCCUGGGCGGCGAGCUGAACUGCAGGAAGUCCUUCUACCACCCCCAGCUGAGCCCCACCGCCCUGCCCGCCGCCCUCCUCCAGACCCUCAAGCCGGACCCCUCGCCCGCCGGGGGCGGCGGCGGCGGCAGCGGCGGCACCAACCACCCCUCCCGGCCCUCUUUUUCCAUAGACAACAUCAUCGGGGGGGCCGUGCCCCCGCCGCCCAGCACCAACCCCAGCGUCGCGCCCGCCGCGCCCUACCCCGCCGGCCAGGCGGGCCCCCCGGCGCAGGUCCUGGCCGUGCUCAGCCCCGCCUUGGCCCCGGCACAGCCCCAGGUCAGCCUGGCACACGAGCCGCUCCUCCAGCCGGCCCAGAACUUUUCCAGUAAAAUCACAACCCUCAGCAGCUGUCAUUUUUAAAGUGUGCUGUGGACUGGGGAAGGGGAGGGGGAUGGGGGGGAGAGUCGCGAAGCAAACGGCCCCUUUCCAGCUCUCCUCCACUCCUCCGAAACUGCUCCCCUUCCCUCUCCCCGUGUCCCUCCC